AUGUCAUCUACCUUGCCAGCUCCAGCAUCGGCUGCCAGUCCUUCAUUCAAGGCUGCUAAGACUUUUUCCCCAGCGGUCCGUCGUCCCAUUGAACCCGUUGGUCGCUACUUUCUCGCCCAUGCCCUGAGAGCCUCCAGAGGUCACUCCUGGUCCGAGUACGAGAAGAUCGAAGCCGAGAAGAACGUCAAGACAGUUGACACAUCUGUUGAUGAAGACGACUUUGACGAAGAGCAGAGCGAAGAGCUGCUGAAGCACGAUCCAAGAGACUGGAAGAGUGCCGAUUUGUAUGCGGUUCUUGGGUUGACCAAGUACCGUUGGAGAGCAACACCAGAGCAGAUCACCAAAGCCCACAGAAAACAAGUUCUCAAGCACCACCCUGACAAGAAGGGUGAGGCAGGUGGACUGGACCAGGAUGGAUUUUUCAAGAUCAUCCAGAAGGCGUACGAGACCAUGCUUGAUCCAACCAAAAGACAGCAGUUUGACUCGGUUGACUUCAACGCAGAUGUUGAGGUUCCUCCAGCCAAGAGCACUUACGAUUUCUUUGAGGCCUGGGGCCCAGCUUUUGAGGCUGAGGGAAGAUUCUCGAAGAAACAGCCCGUUCCAGCUUUGGGAGACAUGACUGCCACCAAGCCAGAGGUGGAUGCCUUCUACGCUUUCUGGUACAACUUUGACUCGUGGAGAUCCUUCGAGUUCUUGGACGAAGAUGUUCCAGAUGACACCGCCAACCGUGACCACAAGCGUUACAUCGAGCGCAAGAACAAGGCUGCCAGACAGAAGAAGAAGAACGAGGACAACAAGCGUCUGGCUGAGCUCGUCAAGAGGGCUCUUUCUGAGGACCCACGUAUAAAGCUGUUCAAGCAGCAGGAGAAGGAUGAGAAGGCCCGUAAGAAGUGGGAGAGAGAGGCUGGUGCCAGACAGGCUGCCGAGGAGGCCAAGUUGAAGCAGGAGGCUGAAGAGAAGGCCAAGGCUGAGGCCGAGCUCAACGCUAAGGCCUCCAAGGAGAACUCCAAAAAGGCCAAGGAAGCUGCCAAAAACGCUAAGAAGAAGAACAAGCGUUCCAUCAGAGCCUCUGUCAAGGACGUUGAUUAUUUUGGUGAGGCUGCUCAGGCUGAUGCCAUAACUGCUGAUGUCGACAUUCUCAUCGAAACCUUUGACGAUCUCCAGCUUGGCGAUGUUGCAGCGAAGGUUGGUGGUGUCACUGAUGUUGCUGCCGUUAAGACUGCCUUUUCUGAUGCUGCUAAAGAGCAGGUUGCUGCCGGAAAGGUUUCUGCUUCGUCGUUGAAGUACUUUGUGUAA